ACAGCACUCUACAGUACAAUAUGGUGCAAUUUCGUAUGUGUCUGUACUCUGUUCUAGAGAACUAGACGCAGCUCUCGUCUCGAACAUCGUGACCCGAAAAAAAGAAAGAGUUCACGGGAUGUAGUGAGAAAAGCUAAUUGUUAAAUCGCCAAGGGUGAUUAGUUGAGACUUUUUUAUAUCUACGUUCUUAGCACAACGGAACGUAAUUUUAGUUAACAAGUAUUACAGGUUAGGUUGAUCUGCCGAUAUGGAGUCGAUGGAAGCGCGUCUCGUAGCGCAAGCCUUGAAUUACCAUGGUCAACAGUUGCAGAAAGUUUGGGAGAGCGAGCGCAACGAAAAUGAGCUUGCUAUGCUAAACCUCAAAGAACCCAGUUUUGAAAUUUAUCAGCAGAGACAAAAAACGCUCAGCUUUAGCGACAGAGGAAAGAGGCUAAAACUACAGCAGUUUAUUGCUAAAAAGGCCGACGCUCUUUAUGACAAGUCGAAUUUGGAAACAACUGUUGAGCCAAUCAAGCAACAACUUGGUGAUGAAGAGUUUUAUGCAACUGUGCCAGGGCUUGAUUCGUUCGUCACAAUGGAAAAAUCUCAGCGCAUUCGAAACUUUUUAGAGAGUUUGGUCGUGGGUGAUGUAAUUUAUGCACAAGUGAUGGGAAAAAGUGCCGCUGGAUUAUUACUCAAGAUUCUUUGCAACUGUAGUGAUUGUCCGAGAGUGGUUACCGAUCUUGGUGUUAAGGCCUUGAUAUUGAACACGGCGACAGUGCCGGCAGUGGACAAGAAGGGUGUGACUCGAGGGUACAUGGCCAAUGAUCUGGUGUGCGUCUGUGUGAGUGAAGUAAACGUUGAGGCGGAACGAGUAGUCGCCGUCAUGAACGUAAGCCCUCGCGAGGGUCAGGCUCCGCACCCACCUAUGGGUCUUAUCCAUACCGACGACCUACCGGAUGCUUACAAGAAAGCGAUGGACAACAAAGGACAGAGUUUUGAUUCUAUCAUGGAGAAUAGCACUGGAUUCAACAAUCCCAACAACAUUAAAUACCUUUGCGACUUGAUGUCACUGGGUCAAGACAAUUAUUCCAACAUGGUUGGUCUUAGAGAAAAAUUUCCACCGAAUGAAUAUAGUACAGAAUUGAGACAAGCUCAAGCCAGCAAAUGGGCGUUCCGCAGUGUGGCGGAAGGAAUAGAUCAUUUCAAAGCAGGAAGACACGCUGAAGCUUUCCAGUGCCUGAAUAAAGCGCUGGUGGUUGAUCCCCGCAACGUCGAGGGAUUGGUAGCACGUGGCGCAUUAUAUGCGAACAGUGGCAGUUUCAAGAAAGCCAUAGACGACUUUGAAACGGCCCUGAAACUGAAUCAAACUCACGCGAACGCUCGUAAAUACAUGGCCGAGACACUUGUGGCUCUCGGGCGAAGUUACGAGGACGAGAAAAAAUUCGAGGAAGCUCAGAAGGCUUACGAGAAUUGUUUGGCAAUCGCUCCCUAUCACGAGGAGGCGAGAAACUCGAUCGAGUAUAUAAAGAAGCGAGCACUUGGCGGAGCUGCCUUAAAUCCGCUCGAGACGUUCAAGACCUUCGAAGCCGAGAGUGAGAAUCCUGAGGGGAAAAAGGAGAAGAAAAAGCGGAAAAAGGAGAGAAAGUCGAGGUCGAAAAAACGAGCGAGAUGGAGUUCAAGUUCAAGUUCGUCGUCGAGUGGAUCCUCGAGUUCGUCAAGUUCGGAUUCGAGCAGUUCAUCCUCGUCGGGAAGUUCUCGAUCGGCAUCUCGAUCGCCAAAUAGUAGUCGUAAGAAGAAGCAUAAGAAGGAUCGAGGUUCUCUGUCGCCACUGAGCAAGAGAAUGGCUCAAUACAAUAAUCCGCCAGCAGCGAGCAGCUCACUCCAAGAAUUGAUGGCUCCAAUGGCCUCUGGCUCGAGGGGAGCAGGAAUUGAUGGUUACGAGUUGCAAGUUCGGAAAUUCUUGGAUCAGACGAAGGAUGACUCGGAUUAUGAGGAAAAAGUGAGGAAAUUCCUGGAGGAAACCGCACGUUGGAAGCGUGAAAGAGAAAAGGAGAAGAAACAUUCAGAGAGUGAGAAACCCAAGAAAAAGAAAAAGAAGGAUAAGAAAACUAAAGAUAAAGAUAAGGAAGAGAAAAAGAGUCGAAAGAAGAAGAAGAAGGAGGAACGUAAGAAGCGUAAGAGUAGUAAAGACAAGAUGGAGAGGGAUCUCGAGGUUUUGAAAAAGUCUUCCUUGCCGGAUUUGGAACAACUUGAAUCGAAACUCAGCGCUUAUUAUGCAAAGGUUGAAAAAGAAACGGCUGUUUUGAAAAGUAAUGCAGAGAAGCUUGCCGAAAGUUCUCGCAGAGAAGAAGAGUUUCGCCGAGAACGUGAAAGAGAAGAAAUGGCCAAAGCUUAUCAUGAGAGAGAGCCAAGAAUGCCUUUGACUUCCCAACAACGAAAAGAAAUCCAACGAAAGCCACUCACAGACAUCUUUGAGCAAGAGUCACAGUUGAUUCAUCCUGAGCCUAAAAUGCCUUCUUUAGACACUGCAGCUCUGAAUGCAAAGUGGAAAGCUGCUCAAGCUGCAAGGCAAAAGGAUGUCCACCACUCGUCAAAAUGGCAGGAUUUAUCCGAGAAGAAGUCACGAGUCGACAGUGACGAUGAUGGCGAUAAUGAGGCGGAAGAAAAGCUGCAGCGAACGGCUCUCGAGAAGUCGAUGAACAUCAGAAAGCAGAUGCAGCGUGAAUUGGCUGAGAAGCGAGCCGCACAGCCACCAUCACCACCUCCGCCAAUGCCGAAAGAGCCACCACCCAAGCAGGCGCCUGUCAAAUAUCCCGCACAACAGCAGCCUCAGACGAAAUUCACGUCAGGCUCCUCGGCCCCGAGCAGCCAAAACAAAUCUAGCAAUAAUCUCGGUGGCAAAUUCCAGCCUAUCGGCCAGAGCAGUGGCAGCAACAACAGCCAUCCGCCGGAACCGCCUGGUAGACCGCCCGCCAAUAAGACACAGAGUCUGUCCAAGGGUCCGAGAACGGAUUCGGAGAGUGACUCGGAGCGAAGAGCGUCGCCGCGAAAGCGCGAGUCGAGUGGACGACCGAUGCAGAGAAGAAUGAGCCGAGAACGGCCAGUGAAACGAUCAUCCAGAAGUCGAUCUCGAAGUGCCUCAAGUUCUGGCUCGUCGAGGUCGCGUUCAGUGAGACGCUCGAGGUCGAGAUCGUACUCAAACCGAUCGAGACGUUCGGGCAAGUCGGGAAGUUACGAGCGUAAGUACAGUCGCUCGCCUUCCGGCACUUACAGUCGAUCGCGCUCAAGGUCGCGCUCAAGAUCGUACUCGAGAAGUCGCAGUCGUAGCCGAUCGGGCGAGAGACGAUACCACAGGAAUCGACAAUUCCGGCCAUACAACAACAAUCGUGGUACGUACUACAAGCCGCGAUUCCAAGCCUACAACAAUCAGAAUCACCGGGGCGGGCAGAACUUUCAGAAUCGAAAUCGGUUCUACAAUAAUCAGCAGAACAAUCGGUAUCAGAACCGCCGAGGCGGCUUCCAGCACCGCUACAAUAAUUACAAUAAUCAGAAUAAUCGUGGUGGCCGUGGCGGGCAGAAUCGUGGUGGCCGAUUCUUCCACAAUAACAGGCAGAGCGGAUUCCGCGAUUAUCGUGACAAUAAUCGGCGAGAGUACCGAGAUCGGCGUGCCUACUCGAGAGAUCGAUACAGUGACAGGAGCUAUUCGCCGGAUCCGAUGAGGAAGGUGGACGAGGCGAAGGAGAAGAUAAAUAAGAUUCUGGAGAGUGGCGAUGAUAAUGCGUCGUCGACGAGGCAGCAGUCGGCUGCUGGACCUGCACUACCGCCCAACAAGAGGCAAGAGGGACCGCUCAGCGAAGGCGAGGAACGGGACGAUGAUGACUACGAGAGGUGGGGCGCGGGCGAGGGGGGCGACUCUACGAACAAGAGCGAGGAGGCGGCUGUACCUGGAGUAGCAGCAGUACCUGGAUUACCUGGCGUAUUUGGCGAGGAUAAUAACUUGGAGGGGAAGGAAACUUUCAUUGAGCGCAUGAAGCAGCGAAGCAAGAAUGUUUUAAUUCAGAGGGCCAUCGCAGCCAAGAUUUGGUAGAGGGACAAGAGAGAGAGAGAGAGAAUGAGGGUGAGGGAGAGAGACACAGACCGACAGACAGACACCGGCCGCGCUCUUUUCUCGUCCCGUCUGUGAUAUAGCGCCACACUUCUCAUCGACAACUCUGCUGAUGGGCCGCCACAUUUUUUGCUUUGGAAGUAACAUAACUACUGCAUAGAAAGAAACAACUAGAGCGAGGCUGCCGGUUGGUACGUUUUUCAGAGUUCACACACACAAAAAAAAGAAAAA